AUGCCUGCCUCCGCUGCCGUUCCAGAGCCAAGAUCUGUCAAAGAGGUAACCGCCAAGAAAAGCUCGAUAAAAAUUCCCCCUAAGCCAGAUGAAGAAGCCUAUAGAAAAGCAAUUGAAGAAGUGAAUACAACGAUUGAUAAAUUACAACAAGACUUUAAUGACGUAGUUGAAAAAAUCAACAAUACACCUGAUAAUGCGCCUGCAUCUCAAAGACGUGAAGAACUUCGAGCUCAACUUGAUAGACUUCGUGGAAAACAAGCCGAAAUAAAAAAAAAACGUUAUCAAAAAGUUGAGCAACUUAAAAAUAUGAAUGAUUCUUUGCAAAAAAAGAAAAGGGAUCUUAAGGCUAUAAAGGAUAAGCUUCAAUUUCGAACUGUCAAGGAUAUUGAUAAUCAGAUUAUAAAAUUAGAAAAGCAAGUCGAAUCAGGUACUUUAAAAAUUGUUGAUGAAAAGAGGAUUAUUUCUGAUAUAUCCGGCCUUAAAAGGUCGAAGAAAAUUGUCGAAACUUUUGAAGCCCAACAAGCUGCUAUUGAGGCUGAACAAAAAGUGAUUGACGAUAUGAGAAAAGAUCUUGAAGACAAUGAAUUAAAAGAAAUAAACUCACAGUACGAUACAAUAAAAGCAGAACUUGAAACAAUUAGUAAAGAUCAAGCUAUGGAUAGAGAAAAGAGGAAUGAAUUAUUUGAUGAGAAAAAAAAAAUACGUGAACAGAUCAACGCCCAAAUUGCCAAUAGAAGAACCAUUCAAGAUGAAUAUAACAAGGCCAAACAGGAAUAUUGGCAAAAGGUGGAUGAAGAUCAAGCAUCCAUUCCAGCUUAUGAAGAAGAUAUCCAAAUUUGUGAAAGUCUUAUUAAUUACUUUCAUAUUCAUCAUGGAGUCGGUAAAGCUGAAGAAGUAGUUUCUAAUCCAAUUGUUAAUGAUAAUAGUCAGCCUGAUACUACUUCUAAUAUACGUCAGCCUGAUACUACUUCUAAUGUUCCAGAAGGAUGUGUUUCUUUAACGAAAAAAUAUGAGGAUGAAGAUGAUCUUUUUGGGGGUAAAUUAUCCAAGAAGGUUAAAUCUCAAAAGAAAAAGAAGCCUAACAAGGCCAGUGGGUUUCAACUCCCUUUCAGUAUUAUGGAUCAGUUGAUUUUAGUUAAAGUUACAAUUCCUCUUAGUCCUUCUGAUGUCGAAAAAGUUGUUAAUGAACUUACAGAAAAGAAAGACUAUUUCGUCAAAAACCAAGACCGCAUAACCAAAGAAAACAUUGCUAAAGCUGAGGAAGAGAUUGCCGCUUUGGAAGGCAAGGGACAUAAUAAAAAAGUUGAUGAUGAAAAGCUUGAAAAGGUAAACGAAAAAAAUUCAGCGGAAGUUGUUGAAGAAAAUUCCGAAUUAAAUAAUGAGGUAAAAGAAGAAUGUGCAAUUGAAGGAACAGCCAUUGGGCAAACUAAUGAAGAAUCUUAA